AUGACUGCAGAAACGACAACCACUGCUGCAGCUCCAAUAACCACGACAGCCGAACCGACAACCACGACCAGCUCACAACCACCAGCUCCAACUACCACGGCAGCCGCAUUCGCACAACAACCACGACUGCUAGCUCCUACAACCACGACAGCCGCACCUACAACCACGACCGCAACUCCAACUACCACGACAGCCGCACCAACAACAACGACUGCAGAACCGACAACCACUACUGCAGCUCCAACAAACACAACAGCCGCACCAACAACCACAACAGCCGCACCGACAACAACGACUGCAGAACUGACAACCACAGCUGCACUGACAACCACGACAGCUGUACCGACAACCACAACAGCCGCACCGACAACCAUGACAGCCGCACCGACAACCACGACUGCAGCUCCGACAACCACAACAGCCGCACCAACAACCACGACCGCAGCUCCAACAACCACGACAGCCGCACCAACAACAACGACUGCAGCUCCAACAACCACGACUGCAGCUCCAACAACCACGACCGCAGUUCCAACAACCACGACCGCAGUUCCAACAACCACGACAGCCGCACCAACAACCACGACAGCUGCACCAACAACGACGACCGCAGCUACAACAACAACGACUGCAGCGCCAACAACCACGACCACAGCUCCAACAACCACGACCGCAGCUCCAACAACCACGACCGCAGCUCCAACAACCACGAUCGCAGCUCCAACAACCACGACCGUAGUGCCAACAACCACAACAGCCACACCAACCACAACUGCAGCUGCACCAACAACCACAACAGCCGCGCCAACAACCACGACUGCAGCUCCAACAACCACGACCGCAGCUCCAACAACCACGACCGCAGCUCCAACAACCACGACAGCCGCACCAACAACCACGACAGCGGCACCAACAACCACGACCGCAGCUCCA